CCAGUAGCCCAGCAGCCAGUCAGCUCGCCGGCGGUGGCCAGGCAGCCAGCCAUGCUCAACUUCGGUGCCUCUCUCCAGCAGGCUGCGGAGGAAAGGGUGGAAAUGAUCUCCGAAAGGUAUUCCUGGAACAAAGCUGCAGAGAAGAGUGAUUUUGAAGCUGUGGAAGCACUCAUGUCCAUGAGCUGCAGCUGGAAGUCCGAUUUUAAGAAGAAAUACAUGGAACAUCGACCGGUGACACCGGUGUCUGACAUGUCAGAGGAAGAGAAUCUGCUUCCAGGAACGCCCGACUUUCAUACAAUCCCAGCUUUUUGCUUGACUCCACCUUACAGUCCUUCCGACUUUGAACCCUCUCAGGUGUCCAAUCUGAUGGCACCAGCGCCAUCUACUGGACACUUCAAAACAUUCCCAGACAUUCCCAAGCCUCACCUUGCUGCCCCUUUCAAAGAGGAAGAGAAGGCUCCUGCACCAGCCCCCAAGCUCCCCAAGGCUCAGGCGACCAGUGUGAUUCGUCAUACGGCUGACGCCCAGCUCUGUAACCACCGGUCCUGCCCCGUGAAAGUCGCCAGUAUCCUCAACUAUCAGGACAGUUCUUUCCGGAGAAAAACCCACCUAAAUGUCGAGGCAGCGAGAAAGAACGUGCCGUGUGCAGCUGUGUCACCAAGCCGAUCCAAAUGUGAGAGGAGCGCAGCAGCAGACGCUGCCGAGAAGGCCCGGGCGGCUGCACUUUAUGACUUUCCUUCCUCAGAGACAGUCACCUGUAGCUCUCAGUCAGCUCCCGGCUCGCCGCAGCAGAAGUCCGUGCUGGUCUCUCCACCUGCCGCAGGGCCAACAGGGGGAGUGCCGCCGCCCAUGCCGGUCAUCUGCCAGAUGGUGCCCCUCCCCGCCAGCAACCCUGUAGUAACAACAGUUGUUCCCAGCACUCCGCCCAGCCAGCCGCCAGCUGUGUGCCCGCCCGUUGUGUUCAUGGGCACUCAGGUGCCCAAAGGGGCCGUCAUGUUUGUCGUGCCCCAGCCAGUUGUCCAGAACCCAAAGCCCCCCGUAGUGAGCCCCAACGGCACCAGACUUUCUCCCAUCGCCCCUGCUCCAGGCUUCGCUGCUUCCGCCGCGAAAGUCACCCCACAGAUUGACUCAUUGAGGAUAAGAAGUCACAUCUGUAGCCACCCGGGAUGUGGCAAGACGUACUUUAAAAGCUCUCAUCUGAAGGCCCACAUGAGAACACAUACAGGAGAGAAGCCAUUCAGCUGUAGCUGGAAAGGUUGUGAAAGGCGGUUUGCACGAUCUGAUGAACUGUCCAGGCACAGGCGGACCCACACAGGGGAGAAGAAAUUCGCCUGUCCCAUGUGUGACCGGCGCUUCAUGAGGAGUGACCACCUGACCAAGCACGCCCGGCGCCACCUGUCUGCCAAGAAGCUCCCAAACUGGCAGAUGGAAGUGAGCAAGUUAAAUGACAUUGCUCCACCUUCAACCCCUGCUCCCACGCAGUGAUAGGUCAGAAGGUGGAGAGUCAGGACUAAGUUUGGGUGACAGCCGAAAGCCAGUGGUGAUACAAAAAACCAAAACACACUUCCACUGCAAGUCUGUGGCCCUCCACAGGGUGGGCCGAGAGCAGGAGUCCCACCCACCGUCUGGGGUGAAGGCCUGGCCUGCGUGAGAGAAGCAGAGUGCUGGGGCCACAGGCAGGUCACAGAACAGCAGGCUUCCUUUCUUGUCACAUCAGAGAUGAGAGAGCCCGUAUUCUUUCAGCUGUUUUCUUUUGAAGGUUUCAGAUGAGGUCAGCAGAGGUAGCACAGAUUUUGAACUUGUGUUCCCCGGUUUAUGACACCUCCCUUUGCUGUUAAUACUUGAGACCAACUUUUCAAUGUGAUUCUUCUAAAGGCACUGGUUUCAAGAGUGUAAGAGACCGGAAAUCAGCAUUACGGUACAGAGACGGGAUUGCCAGAGUAGUUUGUAUCCGUUGCAAAUACGCCGUCACCUUUUCCGAGAGUUCUCUUGUUUACUAUUCCUAGUCCUUGCAGUCAGCUUUGUGGGCAUAGCUGUUAACUACAUCUAGAACGAGCAUUUUUUUAUACUCUUCCUGACCUUUGGAAUUGAGCGCUGGCUGUAUAUUGCUACGGAGGGCCCGAAGGAUUUGGAACCCUCAUUAAUUUAAUUGCUUUGAGAUAUAUAGCAACUUUUUUUUUUUUUUUUGGUGGCAUUUUUUGUUUGGAAAGUUUAACAAAUUACUCUCGUCAUUUUAUUAUGCUUUGGGCUUUAGUUUGCCUGCCAUUUCUUGUGUAGACUUGAAAAUUGUGUACCAGUGUGUUUCCCAUAGACUCUUAAGAUACAUUGCACUUUGUGUAGGAAAAAAAACCUGAGGAUGAAAGCAUUUAUUCUGAAGGACUAUCAAAGCUCAGCCAACUCUGAGAAAGAUGGCUUUGUCUUCGGUAAAGUGUCCUUUGCUGAGAGGCUGUGACAGGUGCAAGCAGAAAGUGACUAUUACCAGUGGACUAAGGUCGUCUUGUUAGGCGUUUGGGGGAGAUGCAGCACUAGAUGGGUCAACAAAUUAUUGGAACAUUCGCUUUAGUGAACAGUAUUUCUGUUAUGUUUUGUUGUAUAGUGGAUGAUACACACGGUGGUAAAACAAAAAGUUUCUGCUUAGUUAAAAACAAUCCUUGUGACUCUUAGAAUUUGCACAAUAUUUCUUUUGUUGUACUUUAUAUCUCGUUUACAAUAAAAAAGUUCCUUUGGUAUAUAUA